UAAGUAAGUACCAUGCGCGCACCGGCAGAUGGAAUCAAAGUAUCCCUGCAACGCAAAGGUCUCCUCUUUCAGGAUCACUACCGACGACCAGUAUCCUUUGUUCAAUGGAAAAACAAAUCUUCCUCAGCAACCAGGGAUCCAGAGAGAAUUAGUGUGACCAACCCCGCUAACGGGAAACAAUUGUGCACUGUCGAUGCAGCGUCGUCUGAAGAGGUUGAAUGGGCUGUAUCCAAUGCCCAAGCCACUUUUGACUCUGGAAUAUGGUCAAAGACUUCGUCAAUACAUCGCUCGUCCGUCUUGUCACGGCUAGCGGACUCUCUUCAGCGAUGCAUCCUUGACAUGGCCCAAAUAGAGACUCUGCAAACAGGGAGGCCUAUCCGGGAAAUGAACGCACAAAUGGCUCGUCUCCCAGACUGGCUGAGCUAUUAUGCGGCACUUUUACGUACGAACCAGGGAUUCGUUGUCCCUACUCAAGGGAAAUUGCUUAACUACAUUCAACGCGUUCCUCUGGGGGUCGUAGCACAGAUUACUCCAUUCAAUCAUCCUCUUUUUAUUGCCAUCAAGAAGAUUGCCCCGGCCCUUGCUGCUGGCAACAGUGUCAUUGUCAAGCCAUCUGAGCUCACCCCCAUAUCCCUACUGGAGUUUUCAAACCUAACUCAGGAAGCUGGUCUUCCUGACGGAGUUUUGACUAUCCUCCCUGGAUAUGGCCACUCAACAGGGAAGCAACUCGUAUCUCACUCACUCAUUCGAAAAGUCGACAUCACAGCUGGUACCCGGACUGGUCGAGCACUAGGAGCUAUUGUUGGCUCGAACCUCGCGGCAUUCACAGCCGAACUGGGAGGAAAGGCCCCAAUACUUAUCUUUGAUGAUGCGGAUGUUAUUUCUGCCGUCAAUGGUGUUGCAUUUGCAGCAUUCGUUGCGUCCGGUCAAACAUGUAUCUCAGGAACCCGCAUCAUCAUACAAGACAAUAUCUAUGAAUCUUUUAUGACAACAUUCCUUAAGAAAGUCGAGAGUAUCACACAACGAAUGGGUGACCCUAUGAACGAAAUAUGCUCUAUGGGCUCUAUCAUAUCUCUCCACCACCUGGAUAGAAUCGAUGACAUGAUAGCACAACGGCAGUCAGGCACAGUUCUAACGGGCGGAAAGCGAAUGUUGGGCAAGUCCCUCCUCGACGAUUUCGAUUUCUCUCGCGGGAGCUUCUACCCGCCCACCGUGAUCUCUGAUGUUGAUGUUAGUCAUGAAUUAUGGCAAGAGGAAAUUUUCGGCCCUGUGGUGGUCGUAAAAAAGUUCUCUACUGAAUCUGAGGGAGUCAAACUUGCCAAUGCCUCCAAGUACGGCCUGGGAGCGGGAGUCUGGACUCAGAAUCUGUCAAGAGCACAUCGUGUUGCUGCCAAUAUUGACGCUGGUCUUGUUUGGGUGAACACACAUCACCGCAACGAUCCCAGCUCUCCAUGGGGUGGCAUGAAGGAAAGUGGUAUAGGCCGGGAAAAUGGCAUGGAGUCAUUGGAAGCUUACUCUCAGAGCAAAUCAAUCAUCGUCAAUGUGGCACCGCCUGAUGAGUCUCGACAAACUGACGACUGGUUUAGCGGAGAACAGAAGCGAUAUGGCUAAUGUGAUGUUCGCGGUGGAGCAGUUUGUCAUGGCAUCUACAUACAGUGGUGGUAUGCGUAGGAUCAACUAGUGUACAUUAUUACCGCAGGAUACAUGUUUA